CACCAGUCUCCAGCUUCAUGCCGGGACGGACCAGCCAUCGUUGCAGUGCAGUGCAGUUCUCGAUGAUUCCCUGACUGUGCUUAGCUGAGACUCACGGCCGAUUGUCGGUCUGUCAGACGCCAAAAUGGCCAACUUUCCCAACCUCAGGAGGCUCUUCAUCGAGUCCAGGACCGACGACGAGGAGAGAGAGGUAUCCAGAAAGGCCUUCUACAACGCCGUCCUCUUCAUGGGAUCCGUGGCCGUAGUCAGCUUGAUAGCUCAGAAACUCAAUGCAGGCAAAUGAGAUGACGGCUGAUGAUCUCGAGUCCUCGACCAGAUGGGGUCAUGUUUGUUCAUUGAUUCAUAUGUCCCGUGAGGGCAAGUGCGACAGCCCAAGCAGCAG